AUGAAUCACAUUGAUUGGCUUUUUACUGCGGUGUAUGCACACCCCUGCCCGGGCAUUCGAAGCCAACUAUGGAGUUAUUUGGAUGGGAUUGCUUCAAGUUCGAACCUUCCUUGGAUGAUUGAUGGGGAUUUCAAUGAAUUGGUAGAUACUUCUGAAAAAUGUGGUGGUAAUCCUAUUUCUCAUGGGAGUGGGCUUGUUGAAUGGAUUGAUAGAAAUCAAUUGAUUGAUCUUGGCUUUAUUGGUGCUCAGUUUACUUGGUGUAGAAAAAAUGAAAAUGAUGUCCUUACUUGGGAAAGAUUGGAUUGUGGUCUUUCCAACAUUGAUUGGAGACAUAAAUUUCCUGAGGCCUUUGUCAAACAUCUACCUAGGGCCAAGUCUGAUCAUUGCCCCCUGCUGAUAAGCCUUCAGUCAUCUCAUCUCCCUAGUGCUAAUGUCAAGCCUUUUAGAUUUCAAGCCAUGUGGCUCUUGCACCCUACUUUUCGGAGCUUUAUGGUUGAUAAAUGGGCUAACUAUAUUGGAAAUAUCCUUCAAAAAACUCAAGACCUUUCUAAAGCUCUUGCUGAUUGGAAUAAGGAUGUGUUUGGGUGUUUGUUUCGUAAUAAGAAAAAGUUGUUGGCUAGAAUUGGCGGUAUCCAAAAAGCUUUAUGCAGACGACACUCUCCUUUUCUGAAAUCAAGGAACACUUGGCUUAAAGAAGGGGACCGUAAUACCAAGUUUUUCCACAUGUCUACCAUUAUUCGUAGAAGAAGGAACAAACUAGAAGGCCUUACUAAUGCUCAAGCUCAAACUAUGAGGUACUCUAAUGCUGAUCUCCCCCAGAUUUUUCCUAGAUUAGAGACAUCUGAGUUGGGUAAUCUCAAUUGUGAUAUUAAUCCUCAAGUCAUAAAGGAUUGUUUGUUUAGUAUUGGUAGUUUUAAAGCCCUAGGGCCGGAUGGUUUCCCUGCUAAAUUCUACCAUGAUUUCUGGGAUCUUUGUCAAGGUACCUUUGAUGAGUUAAUUGCUGGUUGUUUUAACUCUGCUACCAUGCCUGAUGCUUUAAAUGACACUUUGAUUACCCUCGUUUCUAAAGUGGCUAGUCCUAGCUCUGUUGCUCAGUUAAGGCCUAUUAGCCUAUGUAAUACUUUGUACAAGGUGGUGUCUAAGAUCAUUGUUCAGAAGCUCAAGCCUCUCAUGCAGAAGGUUGUCAGUCUUGCUCAAGCUAGCUUCAUCCCUGGCAGGCAGAUUGUUGAUAACAUUAUUGUUGCUUAA